AAAUGACAAGUUUGUUGUCUUCUUGUCCGUACCCUCCUGAUGACUACCAUGAACGAGUUGGACAUGGUUCCAAAACGUUGCGUCCAGAUUAUUAUGUUCAACCCAAAAUUCGAGGUGCAGGGGCUAAAAUACAUCAAAUGCACAAAGGCAGCGUUGGUUUGAUGUUUGGCCUAGACAAACAUCAAAUAGCUACUGGUUUUAAGUCUCAUACGAACAAAAAUCAUAUGGCAAUGAACGUAAAUAAAAUGAGAGAGUUGCAGAAAAAGAACAAGGAGGCCAGUACCCAAAGAGAACAAUCGCAAAGCUAUAGAGAACCUAUUCGACCCAUGACGACUAAUCCAAAGUAUGGAAGUAUUCAAUCGAAAGUCAAGCAAAAUUUGGAAAGUUCAGUUGCACCUGAGAAGAAGAACAUUAAUUUUCUCAGAGGACACUCGAGGCCAGCCAGCGCGCCUGUUAAAAAGGCCGCAUCGGAAUCUGACCUUAGUCUUGAUUUACAAGAGCGUCCAAACUUUGUACAAAUGAACGCUCAACAUUUGUCUUCUCUAAACAAAACGAAUCCUAAAUCUUACCAGGCUCUCGUUUCCAAGCGAGAAAAAGAGGAACAACGAGAACAAUCUAUUCAACAGCGGAAAGGAAAAGUGCCGAAAUAUCUAGCUGAAAGAAAACAGCAAUGGCAAAAGGAACAUGAAAUGGAGUUGGCCUGUCAACCAGAUCCAGAAAUGCCUCCUGGUCACCGUAAGAUGUCCGAAGCAGAACGGCAAAAGACGUUGCGUGAGCUGCAGGAAUCACGAAAAGAGUUGUUAGCCGAGCUCCAACGGCUUCCGAUUGCUAUAAGGAGUCAGAAAGCCAUUCAAAGAAAACAAGAAAUUGAAUCGAAACUUGCAUCUGCCGAAGAGGCUAUCCAAAUUUUCGCUCGCCCCAAAGUGUUUGUAAAAAUAGACCAAUAAUAAAUGUCAAAAAAUUUGAUAAAAAUUAAUUCAACCAGUUAAAAAUGUAAAUAUGUAUAUAUCAUUAGAUUGAAUUCGGUAA